AAUUGAAACGCUUUCGUGUGUGAAUAUCUGAGCUGCAGCCUGGUCUGCCCUCUGCUGCAGUCGACGCCCUUUAAAACAAGUGCUGCACGCGGAACAAGGAAGUCCAGCACCUGUUGCUGCUGCCGCCACCUUUCAACGCGACCUCAAACCCAGUGGUGUUGUGAAGCUCCAUCAUGGCAGAGGCUGAGGAGAAAGGAGUGCCAGGUGAGGAGCAGCAGCAUCGGCUCAGCUCUUCAUCCGGCGGGCCGGAGGACAAGCCGCCCGCUGUCCGCGCUGAGGGCACGCAGGAUCGGCCAGCGGAGGGCGGAGCGGCCCCCUACCAGCGGGUCGACCUGUCUGUGGACCCCACUCCGGACCAGUUCAGGCUCAGGAGGUUCUUCGUGUUGAGGCCUGGCACUCUGAAUCAGGCCAUCAAAGACGUCCAAGCUCUGGUGGAUAAAGAAGUAGAUGGCGGCGUUCACAGCGUUUGGCUGAUGGUGGAGGUGGAUCACUGGAACAAUGAGAAAGAGCGUCUCGUUCUCAUCACCGACAGCUCCCUCCUGGUCUUCAAGUACGACUUUGUCAUGUUCAACUGUGAGCAAAUGCAGAGGAUCCCCCUGAACUUUGUGGACCGCAUCGCCCACGGACCCUUCAGCUUCCCAAAGCGCUCCGUGCUCCAGAGAGAGGGGGAGGGGGUGCGAGUCUACUGGGACCGGCUGAGAGAGCCCUCGUUCACCUCCAGGUGGAACCCCUUCGCCACUGACUUUCCCUUCAUCACCUUCACCUGCCACCCCGUGAGGAACAUCAGUGACACGUUCGCCGCUCUCUGUGACAUCCAGAACUUUCGCGAGCAGCUGAAGGAUGCAGCGCAGAAAACCCACGCCGUGAAGCCAGUUCCCGGGAAGGCCAACGGCGUCCUGGUCCUGAAUCAGAGCAUCCCUAUCCAGGCCUACGUGGGCCUCAUGUCUGUCCUCGGGAACCAGAACAGACUGGGAUACAGCAUGGCUCGAGGAAACAUCGGCUUCUAGCGCUUCUGCAUUUUUAAUAGCUUUGCUGUCGUUCAUAUUGUGCGCUGUUAUUUAUACGUCAUGUCGAUGAGUUUGUUUACAGAAAGUUCAUUCAGAUUCUACAAUUGACCAAAGAUUUUUCCGUUUUCAGGUUUGUGUCACUUUGAAGCCUGUAUUCUCAGGAAGCUCUGUAUGAGGUUUAAACAACUGUGUCUUCUCCCCUGCUGCUUAUUACCAGUGUGUGGUGUCUGAGUACUCAGAAAUAUCCACAUUUCAACACCGCUCUUCACUGGAUGACGGAUCCCCCGCUGCUUUGUAUUUGCUCCUCAGUGAUAUGGUAAUUCAACUCUUUCGCAAUGGGACUCCUUUCUUCCUCCCCCGGCGUCUCUGUUAAAAGCUCAUUCCCAUGCCAUUCUGCCCCUUAGAGAUUCACUGGAGCAUGGGGGCACAUUUGUCAGUUCAGUUUUAUCAUUCGUAAAGUAUUCUUACAGUGCGUACAGUGUUGGAGUUUCCCCUUGAUUUGUGUGUUUACCGUGUGUCACUCUGCCUUGUUUCGGUAUCAUCUGUUAGUCUUGUAAGUCUGUUACACACAACAAAAUAUCGGCUUACAUGUUUUGUUCUGUUUUGCUUUUUAGUGGUAAAAUAUGCAGAUUUUUGUGGCAGAAUCCUGAGCACUGUUUCUGUUCAGUGCACUUUAUCUGUGAAUGAUCACACUCUGGCUUUGUCUACACUAAUUACGAGGUUGUGUCUGCUGAAAGAAGUCUCAAUGCAGUGCCACAUCAUGCAAUGUCCUGUUGUCACGGCAGUUAUAGUUUGGUAAUAUUAUCACACAAUUAAAGUUGCUACACAGUGAAAUGAAUGAUUUCAGCACAGGUUGAGUCAGUGACAUCUGAUGUUACUGUUGGUGUCUGCAAGUGUGGUUUAAUACUGCAGGAAGCACUCAAUCAGUGCGUUUACAUGCACGCUAGUAUCCUGGUUAUGAUUCAGUUUUUGGAGGAUCCUGGUUAUAUUUUCCGCAUAUAAACAGUUUUUCCCAGUUUCAGAAACUUAGAUAAGACUGUAACCUACUUUUGGCUGAGAUGGUGUGAAAUCAAAACAUGCCUGCAGACGAUCAGAAACCUGGAUACUGUCAUGAUCAUGUAUACAUGGCUUAAAACCAUGUAAACACCAAAUCCUGAAUAUAAUCACACCAGGAUACUAAUGCACAUGUAAACGCACUCAUCGAGCAGCUGCUUAGAAAUGUAACAGAAGAGCAACUGGUGUAGCCAAACAAACUCACAUUGUAAUAAAGAAGUUGAUCAAUAAAGGUUGAAACUACAGUCUGAUUUCAUGCCGCACACUGUGAGUAGUUUUCCACACAACAGCAGUUAAAUUAGGUUACCUUGAUGAGGAGGAACAGCCCACUGGGGCUGCUCCUGACUGUGUUUUCACUCCUUGCAGUAUUUAAAACUGACACAUUUCUGAUGAUUGAUCGUGGUCAGCUUAGUGAUAAAUCCAGUGUUUCCUGUGA